AUGCAUGUAUGAUCAAUUCACAACAUUUGUAAAUUUUUAUUACCAAACAAAGAUGAUUUCUCAUUCCUUCUUAAUAGCUUUGGUUGUGUUCCUUCUUUUUCUUCUCCAACUUUUCUCCUACUUCAAAAGAACUAAAAAAUCUUCUCCUCUUGUACUACCUUACCCUAAUAGUCCACCGGCUAUACCAAUAAUUGGCCAUCUUCAUCUCCUUAAACCACUCAUUCACCACGCCUUUCGCGACCUCUCCGAUCGAUAUGGCCCUCUUAUAUCGCUUCGGCUUGGCUCGGCUCGGUUCAUCGUUGUUAACACUCCAUCGCUCGCCAAAGAGUUUCUCAAAAAGCACGAAGUAACCUUUUCGCAUCGUAAAAUGAAUAUAGCCAUCAACAUGGUUGUGUAUGAUGAUGCAACUUUUGCUUUUGCACCGUAUGGGACUUAUUGGAAGUUCAUUAAAAAGCUCAGUACUACUGAGCUUUUAGGUAAUCGAACAAUCGGGCAGUUUCUGCCCAUUCGAACCCGGGAACUCCAGCUAUUCAUUCAAACAUUGUCGAAGAAGUCUAAAUCUGGAGAAAGUGUGAACCUCACGCAAGGUUUGUUGAAGCUUUCUAACAACAUAAUAUCGCGGAUGAUGUUGAGCAUCGAGACCUCGGGCACGGACAACCAGGCCGAAGAAGCUAGGGCUUUGGUUCGCGAGAUAACGCAGCUUUUCGGGGAGUUUAAUGUUUCGGAUUUUAUAGGAGUUUUCAAGAACUUCGACAUGAAAGGUUUUAAGAAAAGAGCAUUGGAUAUACACACGAGGUAUGAUGCUUUGCUGGAGAAGAUUAUAUCUGAUCGGGAGAAUUCGAGAAGGAAGGCCAAGUUAGAAGGUAGUUAUGAGAAUGGAGAAGAGAUUGUGAAAGAUUUUCUAGACAUUUUGCUUGAUGUCUCUGAGGAGAAAGACUCUGAAGUAAAUUUCACUAGAAACCAUAUCAAAUCAUUGAUCUUGGACUACUUUACAGCAGCUACUGAUACAACUGCGAUAUCAGUAGAAUGGACGAUAUCAGAACUGUUCAACAAUCCAAAGGUGUUGAAAAAGGCGCAAGAAGAAGUUGAGAGAGUAACAAGAAAUGAAAGACUAGUGAGUGAAGCAGAUAGUCCAGACCUUCAUUACAUACAUGCAAUCAUAAAAGAAACAAUGAGGCUUCACCCUCCGAUACCGAUGGUUAUGAGGAAAGGAGCAGAAGAUUGUGAGGUUGAUGGAAAGAUGAUUCCAAAAGGAUCAUUGGUUUGUAUAAACACUUGGGCUAUGGGAAGAGACCAAAAGAUUUGGGAGAAUCCAUUAGAGUUUAGGCCUGAAAGGUUCUUGGAAAGUGAAGGAGGGAGUAGUAUAGAUAUAAAAGGACAUCACUUUGAGUUGUUGCCAUUUGGUUCUGGAAGGAGAGGUUGUCCUGGUAUGCCUUUGGCCAUGCGUGAAUUGCCAACUUUUAUUGGAGCUUUGGUGCAAUGCUUUGAGUGGAAGAUGAUUGAUUCUGAGGGGAAAAUCUUAGGUAAUGGUAAGAAGAUUGAUAUGGAUGAAAGACCAGGAUUGACUGCUCCUAGAGCUAAUGAUCUUGUUUGUAUUCCUGUUGCAAGGUUGAAUCUUGAUCCUUUGCUUCAACUUUAGAAAAGGGAAAUUUGGGACAACCUUUCUAUUAAUAAAUUAAUAAAAGAAUGAUUAUGUAUGGAAUUCAAUUGAUGUUUGGUAUUUUGAUUUGUUUAAUUUGUUGUAGUAUAAGGAAUUUAUGUAACAACAUUUGUGUGACAAUUAUGCUAUCAACAAUAAAGUCAUGCAAUUUGAUA